AUGGCUACUUCCUUGGAAGGGGAUGAGGUGGAGGUCUUUGCCUUUCAGGCAGAAAUAGCACAGUUGAUGUCACUGAUCAUCAACACUUUUUAUUCCAAUAAGGAGAUCUUUCUCAGGGAGCUGAUUUCCAAUGCAUCUGAUGCGUUGGAUAGAAUUCGAUAUGAAAGCCUGACUGACCCCAGCAAACUGGAUUCCGGGAGGGAUCUGAAGAUCACUCUUAUUCCCAACAAGCAUGACCGUACCCUGACUAUUGUAGAUACGGGCAUUGGGAUGACCAAAGCUGACCUGGUGAACAACCUGGGCACCAUUGCCAAGUCUGGCACCAAAGCCUUCAUGGAGGCUUUGCAGGAUGGUGCAGAUAUCUCCAUGAUUGGUCAGUUCGGUGUCGGCUUCUACUCUGCCUAUCUGGUUGCUGAGAAAGUGACCGUGAUCAGCAAGCACAAUGACGAUGAGCAGUAUGCCUGGGAGUCUUCAGCUGGGGGCUCAUUCACGGUCAGGCUGGACCAUGGUGAGCCUCUAGGCCGUGGUACAAAAGUUAUUCUGUUUCUGAAGGAAGACCAUUUGGAGUACUUGGAAUAUAGACUACUCAAGGUGGUAGUCAAUAAGCAUUCCCAGUUUAUUGGCUAUCCAAUAACACUCUUUGUAGAAUAUGAGUGUCAGAAAGAAGUGUGUGAUGAGGAUGAGGUAAAAGAAGUAAAGUCUGAAGCUGAGCCAAAGGCUGAGGAUAUGGGAUCGGAGGAAGAAAAGAGAAAACACGACCAGGAGAAGAGAACAACCAAGGAGAAAGUUAUUGUUCCAGAAGAGCUCAAUAAGGCCAAGCCGAUUUGGACCAGGAACACCGAUGACAUUACUAAUGAGGAAUAUGGAGCAUUCUACAAGAGCCUGGCCAAUGACUGGGAAGACCACCUGGCAGUAAAACAUUUUGCGGUGGAAGGACAGCUGGAGUUCAGAGCUCUUCUGUACAUCCCCAGGCGUGCCCCUCUUGAUCUCUUUGACAACAGGCAGAGGAAGAACAUCAAACUAUAUGUGCGCAGGGUCUUCAUCAUGGAUAACUGUGAAGACCUUGUGCCUGAAUAUCUGAGCUUCAUACAGGGCGUGGUGGAUUCAGAAGACCUGCCUCUCAAUAUCUCCCGGGAAAGGCUACAGCAGACCAGAAUUUUUAAAGCAAUCAGGAAACACUUGGUGAAGAAAUGCCUGGAGCUCUUUGCUGAGCUGGCAGAGGACAAAGAAAAGUACAUGGUUUUCUAUGAGCAGUUUUCCAGGAACGUAAAGUUUGGAAUACACGAUGAUACCCAGAAUCACAAGAAACUAUCAGAGUUGUUGAGAUACUACACUUCUGCUUCCAUGGGUGAGAUGGUGUCCCUGAAAGAUUACUGUGCACGGAUGAAGGAGAACCAGACAUUAAUAUACUACCUUGCUGGUGCAAGCCUUGAGCAGAUAGUGAACUCUGUUUUAGUAGAGCGCCUCUUGAAGAGUGGCUUGGAGGUCAUCUACAUGACGGAGCCCAUGGACGAGUAUUGCAUUCAGCAGCUGAAAACCUUUGAGGGCAAAGCCUACUCUUCUGUAGCUAGAGUAGGUCUAGAGCUGCCAGAAACUGAAGAGGAAAAAGCCACGCUGGAAAAGAAGAAAGCAAAGCUAGAGAAGCUCUGCAGGGCCAUAAAGAAGAGAUUGGAACCAAGAAUAGAAGAAGUCGUAGUCUCCAACCGACUGGUGACUUCUCCGUGUUGUAUUGUGACCGCUUCGCAUGGCUGGACUGCCAAUAUGGAAAGGAUCCUGAAAGUGCAAGCAUUAGAGUCCAGCGGCAUAAUGGAUUACGUGUCUACAAGAAAAUACAUGGAAAUAAACCCCGAUGAUGACAUUAUUGAGAUACUGAGGCAGAAGGCAGAAGCUGAUGAGAAUGACAAGGGCUUGGGGGACCUGGUCAUCCUUCUGUAUGAUACAGCUCUCCUGUCUUCUGGCUUCACUCUGGAGAAUCCCCAGAUACAUGUUAACCGUAUCUAUAAAAUAAUCAGAUAUGGUCUAGGUAAGUGA